GUAACAAUAACGGGUUCUCAGUAUGUAAACCGGACUGAUGACAUACAUUUAGUGUGUAAAGCAAAUGGUAUAGACAGAGCACCAGAAACUGUUGACUGGUUUUUCAAAGGCGAAAGAAUCAGUAUUUCAAGUCUGCAAUGGAAAACUCGAGUGCAGAUAGUAGAACGCUCGUUCCCCAAAGAACGUUUUUAUGUUAGUGAAUUAACAAUACAUCGUAGUACAGUUGGGGAUCAAGGAACCUAUGUGUGUCGGAGUUCUGAUUUAAAUAUUGGGAGUAUGAAAGUUCAUGUCUUUAAUGCAGGUAAUGAUGCAGGCACAAAAACACGCGACUCAACAAUUUCUGUGUUCGAGAAAGAGACUGCUGUUUUGACAUGUUCACUCACAGAUCCCGCUUUAUCUCAUUUUCAGCAGGUUAUAUGGAGGAAGGCUGGUUCUCCUUACCCAUUAACAAUAGGCGAAGAGGUUUAUACUAACGACAGCAGAAUUCACAUACAAAAGACUACACGAAAGUGGUCUCUUGUCAUACGAAACACUGUUCAAAGUGAUGGAGGAGUGUACCAAUGUACUGCAUCAGAUACGGAACAAGGGAGACAAAUGCGGAACAAUUUCACAUUAGAAGUGAAACCUGCGCCCGAGGAUGUAACUGUCACAACCCCAAUAUCCGCUCAACAGAUCCCCGUAAGAAUAUAUAUAAAAAGAAAUUAUUAUUGUAUGCGGAUGUUUCUAAAUUCAAAAUUUCUCCAUUUUCAUGUUUAAAUCUUGAAUUU